AUGAGAGCCAUGGGAUAUUUUCCUUCUGAAACAGAAUUGUCAAAUAUGCUUUAUGAAUUGUUCAAUAGAACAGGCAAUCCUACCACGAUUACAUUCGAAGAAUUUGUUAUUUUGUAUUUGAAUUAUAGGCCACAAUUAAGAAUUAAAUGUGAAGAACUCCGUGCGGCGUUCAAUGAAUUAAUACAAAAUGAUCAAUUUGUAAAUGCUUAUGGAGAAAACAACAUAUUGACAAGGGAAUCGUUUGUACACAUGAUGAAAACUAAAGGUGAAAAGAUUAACCCUCAUGAAUUAGAAAUUAUUUUGAAUACAUUGCUAAAAACAACAAGAGACAUAGGUUCAAAUACUAAUGCCGACUUGAUUCACUUGGCUUUGCCAUUCACAUACACGUUUGAAGAAAUGUUCACUGAUUUAUUAGGAUUCCAAAGUACAGACUGA